UUCAUUUUUAUAUUUAUUUGGGAUAUUUUAAAUGUAAGCCAUAUUUGCGAGUAUUUGGAAUAAAUUUGGGGUGUUUCAGGGAAAAAAUGCAAGACUGCUGUUCUUCGGGUGGAGGCGGUGGAGAACGAAUUCGCCGUGAACGGACAGCUCCGUUAAGUCCACGUUUAGCCUUACGCCGUGUAUUGUUAUUGGCUGAAGGACGACAAUUUCGUGAAGCUGCAUCGGUUGUUGCACGGCUUGGUCCAGCUGGCUUAAGUACCGUGGCUUCAGAAUUACCAAUUGAUUUACUUGUGGAGUCGUUACCGCAUUCUGCUCAAUUAUUAGAGGUGCUUUUUAAUCGUUUAGUAGCAUUAGGCUUACGGCCGGCAAUAUCAGCUGAUCCAGUUGUUUGGCAAUUAGUACGAUUAUUUGCAUCACAUCAGGAUUCAGCCUUAAGACAACGAUGUGGACGUUUAGUACAAGCGUUAGCUGAAUGGCAACCUGGUUUACGUGGGGAAUUAAUCAAUAGGCGGCGUGCAUUAGAUCAUGCUGUCGAAGGACUCGGUUGCCAUGGUUUAACAACAGAUACAAGUAAUGGAGGUUUAACUCAACUACAUUCGGCGCUAAAAACAGAAUUAUCACGACAUAUUGAAACAUAUAAAAGUGCAAUACAUCGUUUAGAUGAAUUAAAUUCAUCGCCAACAUCCAAUAAAAAUUUAACACAAUCAUCACAUCAACGAUUACUAUCGUUACGCUAUGCAGACAUACAACAACGAUUAAUCGAUAAUAAAACAUUAUUAACCUUAUUAGAUAAACCAGCAUUACAACAAUUACGUCCAUUAAUUGAAACUUUAUCAGAUCGUGUUCAAAAUGAUAAAGAGGCAUUAUUUUGUGUAUCACAAUUAAAACGGUUGCAUCCAGUGGAUGAUGAUAAACCAGUUGCAACAAUGCUUAUGUCAUUUUCGCAGGGAUGUGGUGCAUUAUUGGAGUUAAUACCAUCCUCGGAGCAUCCUGAUAGUCCUUGUUGUAGUGAUGGGUACCAUUCGGAUCUUGAACCAAAUGCCAUCUCCGAUCCAAGACGUGAUUUAGUCAAUCGUUAUGCGAAUUUAUAUUCUCAAGCACGGCUACAUACAUUAGACGCUUUGGAUGCAUUACCGCAAUUACAACAUGCAACACAAUUAAAAGGCAAAAUUUUAUUUUCUGUGAUAGUAUUAGCAUAUCGUUCUGCGCAAAAUUUACGAGAGAGAAAAGUACGUGAAGUAUGCCGUUGUUUAUGUGCGGAGCGAGGACAAGUUGCUAGACAAUUGGAAGCAAGUAUUGGACGUCAUUUACGCAAUACAGCGGAUACGUUUCCAUUACAUUGUGCUGAGAAACAGGUUCGCGAUCAAGUAUGUCGAACAUUACAUGAAUAUCCAUGCUUAGAAACAUGUACAGCCCUACAACAAUAUAUCAAUGAUGCAACACGCAUGUGUUGGUGUUUAGUAAAUCAAGCACCACCUUACACAUUAGAUAUGGAUUUUGCCACUGGUACCAUACAAUUAAAUCGCCAUACACGACAUCACACAUCAGAUCGUAAAAGUGACAUAAUUAAGUCAUUUUUAUGGCCAGCGCUUAUGGAUAAAGAUAUUUGUGUGCAUAAAGCAAUUGUUAUUACAUGAAAUUUUGCAGCGUGAAAAUUUUCUAUUUUAUUAAAAAAAAAAAGGGAAGG